AUGACCGACCCAACCACCCUCGAUGUCAACGUCGACCUCAACAUCCAAGAAAUUCUCCUCGUCGCCUCCAACCACGACAUCCCCAAACUGCGCCUCUUAAUCCGCGACAACGCCCAAACCGGCAACCCCGCCAACGUCAAAGAUCCAGAGACGGGCUUCACGCCGCUGCAUGCUGCCAUUGCUGCGUGUGAAGACGAUUCCGAAGAGAACAAUGCUGUGGAUGCUGCCAAUGGGGAGGGGCAGGGGCAGGAGCAGGAGCAGGAGAAAGUGAAGCAGGCGGGUCUGGAAACCGUACGGUUUUUGCUGCAGGAAGGUGCUAUUUGGAAUGAUUUGGAUUUGAAUGAUGAGACGCCAGGGUGUCUUGCGAGACGGCUUGGGUUGGGGGAGAUUUAUGAGACGAUUGUUGAUGCCGGAGUGCGCGCGGAGUUGUUGUUGAAUCGGUUGGAUGGGUACGAGCCGUUGAUUGAGGAGGAGGAUGAGGAUGAGGACGACAAUGAGGAGCAGUCAGAGCAGCAAGAAGGCGAGACCAAGGAGGAGACGACAGCGGACGACCAAAAUGAAGCCGUGCCCGAACUCGUCGAAGCAACCACCGCAGUCACAACAGACGCAGACGCAGAAGUGACAAACACCAACUACCUCAACAGCAACCUAACCUUCCAAAACGAUCGCCUCCUGGACGCCGACCACAACGGCGUAAUGAUGGCCUGGGAAAGCGACAUCAUGUCUCGCUCCGCCAAGAACCUCCUCCCCACCACGAACCUCCGCGUCCUCAACAUCGGCCACGGCAUGGGCAUCAUCGACACCUUCUUCCAAGAACAGUCGCCCUCGUCGCACCACAUCGUCGAAGCACAUCCCGACGUUCUUGCGGAGAUGAAGCGCAAGGGGUGGCAUGAGAAGCCCGGCGUUACGAUCCACGAGGGUAAGUGGAGUGAGGUGUUGCCGGCGCUGGCGCAGGAGGGGGUGACGUUUGAUGCGAUUUACUAUGAUACUUUUGCGGAGUCGUAUGCGGAUUUCAAGGAGUUUUUCAGUGAGCAGGUUAUUGGGAUUCUGGAGGAGGGAGGUCGGUGGGGAUUCUUUAAUGGGAUGGGGGCGGAUAGGCAGAUUAGUUAUGAUGUUUAUCAGAAGGUGGUUGAGAUGGAUUUGUUUGAGGCUGGGUAUGAUGUUGAGUGGGAGGAGAUUCCAGUGCCGAAGCUGGAGGGGGAGUGGAGUGGUGUGAAGAGGGCGUAUUGGGUGGUGGACAACUACCGCCUGCCGUUGUGCAAGUUUAUGGACUAA